AUGAGUAAAGAUACCCCAGUACACUCUAAUCAAGGUGAGUUUGCCACAUCUGAACGAGUGUAUGGAUUGAAUGCGUCACCAGUGUUGUCAACAGCUUAUGUUCAAUCGCAAGGUUCAGUUAAACGACAGAAAACUGAAGGGAAACAUAUGUUAAAGGAAGUAAUCAUCACCCAACAAAUUCGUGCUCGAUCAUUUUCCCACUGGAAUCAAGACCUGAAAUUCCUUGCUCGACUCAUUCAAGCUGGGCUGUUCAGUUGCGAUAACAAUGAUCGUGUUAUCUGCAUUUACUGCAAUCUGUUUUGUGAAAGAUGGAAUGUCGAAUUGGAUGAUCCGUGCAAGGUUCACCGAAUUCGUUCUCCAACGUGUCCUUUUGUGAGGUCUGUGCUCCAUAUUCAAUCUUUUUCGCAUCAUAUGGGUUACAUUGAUCGUGAAAAGCGUCUCGUAUCGUUUGCCAAUUGGUCUCAUGCAAACUCGGUAUUAAAGGAGGCGUUUGUUGAUGCGGGAUUCUUUCUUAAUGGACUCGAGGUUACGUGUUUUCAUUGCAAUGGCUCAUUGGAACAAUGCAAUGUUAAAGAGCAUCCGAUGGCUGAACACAUUCGAUCGUUUCCGUACUGUAAGUACGCUCGACAAUUGUGUGGUGAAGCGUUGUAUCAAAAACUUCGUCGGUCAUUCAUUUCCCAAUCAAAAAAUGCGCAAGCUCGGCCUGAUGCGCAGAAGUUGGACGAACAAACAAUCAUACAAUCAGUCGCUGAUAGUCUCGAUCUAAUCAAAUCUCAAAAUUCGUCUCUACAGAAUAUAUUUCAAGAUGCUACCAUUAGACAUUGCUUUGAAAAUCAAUGGCGCUUGAAACAAGAUACUUUCGUUAAUAAUGGAGACCUAUACUCCGCAUGCAUAAUUCAUGAAAAACAAGCACAAUUGCUUGAAAAAGGAGAUGUUUGUGUUAUUCCAAAUGAAAUCAUGCAAAUAAUCUAUGGCAGUCUACGAAUUUCAAACAACGAUGAGUCAACACUGUCGGAUAAAGACAUUCAACGUGAGCUUGAGCAUUAUCAACAGACUCGUCGAGCUAUGGGUCAGACUUUUGUCGAAGACGAAGCAAUAACUAUUCAGCGAGAAACAUCAUUGCAAGCUCUGCAAGAUUCUACUGUAUCUCGAUCUCGUCUCACCAAAUCAGGUUUGAUACCGUACAACGAUCAUUAUGAAUGCCCACAUUGUCACAUGCGAUAUCGACCAUGGGACGUCGAUGAUGAUCCAUUAUCGAUUCAUAAACAUUUGUCGCCUUUAUGCCUAUUCGUCCUCUCAACAAAUCCAUUUCCUCCAAGUUCGAUACCAAUGAUCACAACCGAACAGCUCUUUACUGAUGAAGACAUCGAAAAUGCAGAUCGACAACCGUACAGAGGUCUCGUCAAAGCGCAACACAAACCGAUGUCCCAAAUUUCUGACAGAAUCAAGUCUUUCGAAAACUCACCGGCUUAUGCAUCGAACGUCGCCAAUGAUUUGGCCUACUCUGGUAUUUACUUGAAUAAAAACAAGAAAUUCCUUCAUUGUUUUCACUGCAAAUUACACUUGCGCCUUGGCAUUCCAAAUGCUAGCUCUGUCGAAAGCCUUAAAAAAAAUCAUUCAGUCAUAGACUGUCGAUAUAUUCUACAAAUGAACGACAACGGUCUGCGAAAUCCGAAAGGCCAAGCAUCCGAUACAUGUCCGUGGUGUAUAGAUGAAAACAAACAAUUAAUGGCAUUACCGUGUCGUCAUUUUUGUUUAUGCAAGAAAUGCGGCCAAACCAAAAGAUUUUGCCCAACAUGCGAAACAGAAGUUGACAAGUUUGUCAUCAUAUACAGCUGA